CCUGCCACAUCUGGAGACGCUUCCUCACGCGACAAACUUCUACUUCUUCUCGCCUCUUGGCUCCGCGCGGAAACACAGUUAUCGCUCCGUCAGGCUGUCUCCAUAGUAAGUAGAGAUUCUUGAAGCCGAGUUGGCGUUUCUUCUCUCCUCUCAGAGGAAAACUGAGCCCGUUCGGGGGAGUUUUCAUACAUUCUGUAUAGCUGCGUGAGCGCCGCGAUAGAAUUUCGGCAAAAUUACAUAAAUGGCACUUUUAUACGCGUGAUGGUUUUUCAGAGAGCGACGUGCGUAAAAGGGGAACGCGUGGGACAGUGUGCCAGAAAGAGCGGCGUAAAGUGAUUUGCAGCGUCGCACAGUGCGAACGACUGAGUUUGUUCACAAAUCUUUGAGAAGUGAAUAAUAGCCUCUCUGCUCUGUCACAAUAUUGUUAUUUACUGCCACAUGCUGAAAGUAAACCCUGUCUGAGACCCUGCUGCCCGACUGCCUCCAGCACGAGUCCCGGUAGAUGCUGACAUGAGUCACAGGGAAUCAAAUUGGGUAGAAUUCAGCAGCAGACCGGUGAUGGAGUGACACAUCCCGGGUUUAUUUCUGUCCCAAAUAGCCGAUCUAACGCUUUCUGGGAGGAGAGGACUGGAAUCAGGCACAAGGGCGCACGGCUCCAUGCUGAAGUGUUUAAGUUAGUCUGAGGGGAAAUUUAAAAGACCUAAAAAUACAGCGUUGGUUUCUUCCCCUACAAAGACUCAUUUGAACUUCCCACCGCAGAGCGAGAGCGACAUAAAUAGUUCUGACAUGUGGAUGUAAUUUCAGAAGAGGAAAAAAGAAAAAAAAAAAAAAAAUAGAGACAGAUGCAGAGAAAUAAAGUGAGCGUCGCAGCGCCCAAGCCGAGCGUAUAGUAGAUUAUAGGAAAUUAAAGCGAGGGGCAGAGAGAGGCGAUUACAGAGUUAUGGUUUCACAAGCCGCCAUAAGCGUCGUGCGGCCAGAUGGAGUGAAGAACCUCAGCUGUCUCGAGCUCCAGGAGAACCAGAGAAAUUAGAGUCGUCUCGUCUGAGCAUCACCAGCGUCCGUUCGAGCCCCCCGCGGGGUCGAGCCGCCUCAGGGUCAGGGAUGGGAUCCGCUGGACUCCUCCGCAAUCUGGACUUUCUGCUCAUCUCCCUCCUCAGCAGUUUAUGUCUGGUCUACACAGAUGAUGUGCUCACGAAAGAGGAGCAGAUAGGCCUGUUGUACAGAGCCAAACGGAAGUGUGAGGGAAACAUCAAGUCAAAGCACAAGGUUCCUGAUGGUUUCUGCUCACCAGAAUGGGACGGCAUCGUUUGCUGGCCUGAGGGGCCUCCGGGGAAACUCGUAUCCACCGCCUGUCCGGAGUACAUCUACGACUUCAACCAUAAAGGACUAGCGUAUCGUCGGUGUGACGACAACGGAACGUGGGAGCUGGCCACUAUCAACAAGACAUGGGCCAAUUAUAACGAAUGUGCAAAAUUCCUCUACCAUUACAACCACAGCCAUGAAAAGGAGGUCUUCCACCGACUGUAUCUCAUCUACACAGUGGGCUACUCCAUUUCUCUGGGAUCGCUCAUGGUGGCGGUUGUCAUCUUGGGAUAUUUCCGACGCUUACACUGCACCAGGAACUACAUCCAUAUGCACCUAUUCGUGUCCUACAUGCUGAGAGCCAUAAGUAUUUUCGUGAAAGACAUCGUACUCUACUCUGGAUCAGCCUUAGAGAACAUGGAAAGAGUCACAGUGGAGGACCUCAAGUCCAUCACCGAGGCUCCACCAGCCAAUAAAACACAGUUUAUCGGAUGUAAGGUGGUGGUGACCUUGUUCAUGUACUUUCUUGCCACCAAUUACUACUGGAUCCUCGUCGAGGGCCUGUACCUCCACAGCCUCAUUUUCAUGACCUUCUUCUCAGACAGAAAGUAUCUGUGGGGAUUUACUCUGAUUGGCUGGGGGGUGCCAGCCAUGUUUGUGACAAUUUGGGCAACUGUGAGAGCCACGUUUGCGGACACAGAGUGUUGGGACUUAAGUGCAGGCAAUUUGAAAUGGAUUUACCAAGUGCCUAUCCUGGCAGCUGUUGUGGUUAAUUUCAUGCUAUUUCUGAACAUCAUCAGAGUGUUGGCGACUAAACUACGAGAGACGAACGCUGGACGGUGUGACACGAGACAACAGUACAGAAAAUUGUUGAAGUCCACGUUGGUGCUGAUGCCCCUGUUCGGUGUCCACUACAUCAUAUUCAACGCCAUGCCCUACACGGAGGUGUCAGGAGUCCCCUGGCUCAUCCAGAUGCACUACGAGAUGCUGUUCAACUCCUUCCAGGGAUUCCUCGUCGCAAUCAUAUAUUGCUUUUGCAACGGGGAGGUACAAGCUGAGAUCAAAAAAUCGUGGAGCAGGAGGACUCUGGCGCUGGACUUCAAAAGAAAAGCUCGGAGUGGCAGUAACACAUACAGCUACGGACCUAUGGUGUCACACACCAGUGUUACCAACGUCACUGCCAGGGGGCCGCUGGCGCUGCACCUCACCACGAGGCUGGGCCCGGUUCCCGUGAACGGGCACAGGAACCUGCCCGGGUACGUGAAGAACGGCUCGGUCUCAGAGAACUCCAUACCCUCGUCGGCACAGGAGCUCCACAUUCCCGAGGAGGAGCACUCAGCUCACACGAGGCCCUGCGAGAACGAGAAACCCUCGCCUGUGGUCGAGGAGGAGCGGGAGACAGUCAUGUGACCGCCAGGCCGCUGUACAAGAAAACUACAUGAACAAAUCAUCAACACGGCCGCAGGCUGGCCUGAAGGGGACGACUGCAUGCGUCAACACUGCCAGUUUAUCUUCCUCCUGUGAAUCAAGCCUGAACUGUACAGACCGAUGAGGCUCCAGGCGAAACAGGCUUAUCAGUCGUGUGUGCUUCAUUUUUGUGGCGAAUACUGUUUAAAGAAGCACCUGCCACAGUGAAUGUGUAAAAGGCUGACAAGCAGACUGUCUUAUUUCUUUUUCCACCGUCGUUAUCUCAUACUCUCAUUCGCUUUUGUGGCAAACGUCUCGUGCUCAGCUUUUGUGCAUAAAUCAAACCGAGGUUAGUGGCAGUCGUCACCAGGACCAGCCUUAAUCACCGAUGUAGAGGCAGUUGGAUUUGGAGUGCCAUCAGCCACUGGUGUCCAGAUUAAGUCAGUGUGAGUAGGCCAAGUUCACCCUCGGCACAAGAAGAGGACUUAAUGCUACUUUUAUGGGGCGACUGUUCAUUUGUUCUGCAUCGACUUGUAUCCACUGCAGUGUAAAAGGGAAGGUACUCAGGUAAUUGAAGUCCUCUGUUGUUUUGCGCACCUAUUUUUAUACAUUUAAAAUGGUGUUUUAGCCUGGUCAGCGUUUCCCUUCAGGAGACGUUAUAUAAGGCUUGUGUCAAAUAGUCUGUUUUUUGUACAGUUUGUGCUGUUUAGAAACACCCAGUAUUCAUCGCUCUAAUUACAACAGAUGUCGAGGAGUUCAAAUGAAUGUUUCAUAUUCAAAUUCUCUGCAAGCCACACACACACACACAACAUGAUGCCAAAGUGAGAGUAUUUCUUUGAAGAAGUUGUCUCCGUCAGUGUUAGUUGAGGUAAAGAAGAACUUAAUGGAAAUCUGACACAAAUAGUAUCAUGUGUUCUCUGCGAAGUUUUCAAAGGAAGAGAGACCCCCCCCCCCCAUUCCAAAACACAGGGUGCAGGAAAUGGCCGUAUAUUGCAGUGGAAUGUUAAUUAAAUGUGGAAUGAGGAAAAUCUAAAAUUCCCUAGGAAUUCCAAGAGUGACAUUUGUGGCGGAUAUGAAGGAGAACCCAGAAAUGAAUAACACACAGUAUAAUUUUUACAGAUGGUCCAGUGUUAUGCUGCUUUUUGAUGUAUAUAUACAAGUCACAAUGUUUACAAAGGUCAGAAAUACAUCCUAAUUGUGAGUUAGAAGUCUUCAUGUGUAUGGAUACGUUGUCAAGCUAUAUCUCUUUUUUCACGUGUUUGUUUACGGAAUGUUUGCAAUAUUUGAUUCAUGUAAAUAGUCCCCCCCCAAAAAAUUAAAAAAUGGUGAAUAUAUUUACAGGUGACAGAGGGCAUUCAAACUGGCAUUCCAUGAAGCAUUCCACCAGAUAUUUUAAACUUAAUUCUAUUAACCUACAUAGUUUUGCAGGUUAGGUCACAAACACCAAAUACCAAAGAGAAAAGGUCACAGAGGGUACACAGGUAACGGUGUCAACAGUGACCAAAACGUCUUAAAGUCACCCUCUCCCCGAAAGAAGUGCUACUGACAGUUAGUGUAGGAAAAUGAUAAGAGUUCAGCCCCCGUGUAGAUUGAUGUUUUUAAAUAUAAAAUACAAAAUGUCAUGUAAAAUAAACACAAUGCAAAAUUGUUUGUGUCAAGGAGAAAAAAACUCUCUGCGGCUCAGUAACAAAAAGUUGGUCAUGCUGGUAGUAAAACCAUAAUGAUAUUACAACAAAAUGUCCUAAAUAAAUCGGUCUAUACAUUUUCUCCAUUCAAACAGAACACUACUACCUGUUGAACUGAUGUCACUCCCUGGGUGUUUGUGAAACAAACACCCAAUUUAAAAAAAAAAUGUUUACCUUCAUUUUUGUUGAGUGCUCUCGUCCAGUGUGACUUCUCACUGACUGACUUAUGCUCCCAUUACACAGAUUUGUUAGAAUUGAGCUUGAGUCACAUCUUAAAGGUUAAAUCCUGGUCUGCUCAGUUUGUACUGGCCUCAAGUCAAUCCAGCAGAUUUACCCUGCAUCUCAAAGAGUAAAGUCGAAAACACCAAAUCAUGUUUCAAACGGCCUUUAGCUGUUUUCCCAUCAGGUGGAUGUUUAUUAGAUAAAUCCAGUCAUAUUCUGUACAUUUCUAUUAACAGACUGAAUGGAGCCAGCUCGCACGUUUGCACGAGGAUCACUCCCGAUUGCAACUCGAUGUUGAGUGGAUUGUCUACAGCAGUAAUUACAUUUGGCUGCAGGCCACAGAGACGGAAAAAGACCGAGACUGAGGGAACCCUCUCUAGAUAUUACAGUUUCAUACCAUCAGUAGAGUUUACAGUAUGUAUAAGAUUUAAGACUGCAUCUGACUGAGGGAGUUGUUCUUCAGAUUUUCUCAGACUUUCCACCAACUGCCGCUGGGCAAGUAAACAUGUUGCCGUUGCAUAAUCCAGGUUCUUAAUUAAAAAAGAGGGGCUGAAUCAGAGCAUGAAAAUAUUUUAUUAUGAAAGAAAAACACUUGGAAAAUUAUAUAUUUGAGCACUUUAAUACCCUAUAAUACAGUAUUUUGUUCUGAUUGUAUCAUGUAAAAUGAUUGUGUUUUGGAAUCAAGUGUACAAAAAGGCCAAUUACCAUAGAGCUAAUGUUGUAUUUCAUUAUUUUUCAAAUACCUCUCAUGGACGUAUAUAAUGUGUUUUGUAUACAUUGUCUUCUAUUUAUCUUGUGCCGAAAUGUGCUCAGUGGCGUGAACGGUGUUCUCCGACACACGCCUCACUCUCUCAUCACUCCAUCGUGAUGUGGGCACGUUGUAGAUAUCAGUGUAAACGUGGAAGGUGGAAUAGGAAGAUGGUUCCUGGUCUUAUAAUGUUCAUCAGUGAAUUGUGAAUAAGUCAAUAAAUCUGU